ACCUCUUUCUAGCUGGUUCAUUGUUUUGCAGAGUAUUAUCGUUGACAGGAGUGGUUUGUGUUGACUCCCUUUCACGUCUCUUCGCCAUAAGACGAUAUUCCAGCCUACGUCACCCCUGAUUCCCCUCCAGAACAUAAUAUUGAAGACCUUCAACCACUGUCAAUAGAAUUUCACUAAGCAGAGAUAAUCUGAGAAAUUGUCAAGAUGGGGAAAGGCGGUCGCUUUGCGUGUAUCUUCCUGCCCAUGGUAGCGACCAUUGCGGCGCUCAUAUGCAUCAUCCUGAUCUUCUUGGGACAACAAAACAAGAACGACAGCAACCUCUCCAACAUAUACUACUUCAAAGCGGACACAAGAAACUUCACCGGAAAUCCAUUGAAUCUCGAUGACCCCAACCUACCCUCUAUCCCUGGUGUCGACAUCGACGACAAGUUCCUCAAACUCCUCAACGCCGCCGCCACCACCAACAAGCUCGAAGACAUCUACACCGUCGGCAUCUGGUCCUACUGCAGCGGCCCUGCCCCAGCUGACGGCAAAGCCUACAAGCCCACCUUCUGCUCCAAGCGCUCCAGCAAUUUUGCCUUCGACCCCAUCGAAGUCUGGGGCCUCAACGGCACCAACAUCCAAAACGCCUUCCCCGAUAAACUCGAAGACGGCCUGAAGAUCUACCGAUCCAUCUCCCGCUGGCUGUUCAUCGCCCACGCCGUCGCUUUCUUCGUCACCCUCGCCGAGCUCAUCGUCGGCCUCUUCGCCAUCUUCUCCCGCUGGGGUAGCUGCGCCACCUCCAUCGUCGCCUCCGCCGCCUCCCUCUUCACCGUCGCCGGCGCCAUCACCGCCUCCGCCCUGUAUGGCACCCUCGCCGGCACCUUCAACACCGUCCUCCGGCCCUAUGGCUUCGACGCCUCCCUCGGCAAGAACGGCCUCGUCGUUGAGUGGCUCGCCGCCGCCUUCUCCCUCGCCGCCGGCAUCCUGUGGGUCAUCAGCAUGUGCUGCUGCAGCGGCCAGAGCAAUCGCCGCGAGAAAGACUAUAAUCAGACCCGCAACAAGGGGCGCACCGGCACGGGGCUGGGCGGGUUCUUGAACCGCGGUGUCUCUCGCGGAACGACUGCCGAGAAGACCCCCUAUACAUAUGAGCCAGUGUCGUAUCAGCCCGCUGGACAGGGGUCGAAUUGGCAGCCGGGACAGCCGGUGCCGUUGCAGGAUAUGGAGACGGGGAGGGUGGGUGGACAGGCGAGCGGGGCGUAUGAGCCGUAUCGGCAUUCGUGAGGGAUGAAAACGGGUGGGAUUUGGUGAGAAUGGCGUUUCAUCGAGUUAUGAGGGAUGCUAGAUUACGGUCUCGAUCGGCUGCGAGACUGACGAUUCUGCUGCAUGUCAUGGCGUUUGGGAUAUGGGAUUCGGGUUUUAUUUGGCGGGCUUCACUGUAGAUAUAGAUCUAACUUCUAGCGGAGGAUUCCAAUACUAUUCAACGGCCGAUUUCAAGACCCUCUACCUACUUAACGUGAUACCAUUAUAGGGCCUCUCUACAGUAGCCUACCUCG